AACAGCACAUACAAAACCACGUUCUUUUUUUCCGUCCAGUCUCAAUUAUCAUUCCAAAAAGCCGAAAGUCACUUUGCGUUCCUUCUCUUUAUUAGUCCGGCUCGUUGCAUUCUCAUUUCCCAACUGGCCGGCGAUGGAGUACGGACGUCUCGUGGUGCUCGGCUACAGCAGCUACCGCGUGGACAUGGUGCGGCGCUCGCGCAGUGGCAGCGUGGAGCUGGCCCCGCCGUCCUUCGGGCUCGCAGACGCCAGCGACGAGGCGUCCAUGAGUCGCAAACGCUCGCUCGGCCAGCUGUGGAAGCCUCUGGGUGACCAGAACGCGCACUACGUCCUGGAGAAGCGCUCUCGAGCCAACGGCGUGCGACUACAUCGUUUCCACCACAUUAUUCCAAUUGAGGAGUUUCAGGACAACAAGCACAAAAGCAAAGACCUCAAGGGCGUCACCACGCGCAUGAUGCAGCGCAUCGAGACGGCGCGCAGUCGUCCGAGCGACAACCAAUCAGAGAGCGAAAUGGGGUCUCCAGCCGUCGCGCCGUACCAAAUAUCGGCCGCAUGCCAUGUCGUCAAAAUGAUUUUGUGAUCCCCGGACCAAGAGUUGGUGCAUCCGGGACUAUUUCUCGCUAUGCGGCGAGGAUUUUGUGCUCUCGAGAGCCUCCAUAUGAGUGCCGCAUCUUUGCUGGAGGCUUCGACGCUGCUCGACGCAUGAGCACAGCAGGACAUGCUCUUAAACAUUGCGCGCGAUGUGGAGCGUGGUCCAAACGAGUGGGUACAGAUCACACGUGUGUCAUGAAGACAUUGAUGGAACAGGCCAGAGAUGAGGAGAGAGGCAUUUUCAGUCGAAAUGUCAAGAACACCAGUGUGAAGCACUAUAUUGACGAAACGAGCGAGGACGGACCGCUAGAACACUUUGAAGUGGAUAUACACGAUGCAAAUGAGCUGCCACUUGAUGGACUGACCAAAAACGGCGUGCGAGUGUGGCUUCCGGAGCACAAACAAUGGUUUGAGGUCUCUGUGAAUGGCAGAUUGUACGCGAUCGAGUCAAGAACUGCAGAUGCCACUGCAACUGUCCCAUCAAGCUCAAGUUCGGAUCGUAGACGUCAUCAUGAUAGCGUGUUACGAUCACGUAGUGGCGCGUUCAAUCGUCCAGCUAAUGGCGCGGAAAAUCUACCCCCGAUACUGACGGACGGCGCGGUGAUUGACCUUGGCGGCGUCCAGCUGCAAUUCCAGACCAGCUACCGCUCCGAACUCGAGACGAAGGCAGAAAGCAGUGAACUACUUGAGGCUCCUGUAGUCUACGGACGUGCGACGUUGUCUUCUAUCAGUACACAGCUGGAACGUCUUAACGUCCAGUGUCCAGUGCAGCUUCACUCGCUGCGUUUCACGCGCGCUGCUCCGAGCGAAGAGGUCCCGUUAAACCAGAUUCCGCAUGUGUUUACUGCGUGUGGACAUGUAUUCGGCUAUGAAAAGCGGAUUGCCAGUUCUCACACUUGCCCACUGUGUCGAACGCCAGGGUCACUGGUGCAAUUACUGCUCAAAGAGAACUCUCAACUGCAGUCGGCGGAAGAGCAGCAUGUUAUUCCCGAGUGCGUAUUCAAUCCUUGUGGCCAUGCGAUCAGUACCAAACUCGCGCACCACUAUUCAGCGCUGCUCAUGCCGAACGGCAGAGCCAUUUGCCCGUUCUGCGCGGUGCAUCUUGACCUCCGCGUGCCAUUUUCGAGACUCUAUCUCUAUUGCGACUCCGAUGAAUAGAGCAAGCAACACCUGCGCUUACAAUAGUCAAGAAGAGUACAUACACAAGUCAAUUACAAGAUACAACAAGCUUUAACGUAAGAAAGUCGAUCCCAAUACAUGAAGUGAGCAAAGUAAAGAAUGUCGGUACGUAUUCAAACUGGGCUACUGCUUCCGGGACUUGGGGGACGUUGCGAACGUUGUGUUGGUGGCGCCACGCUUAGCGUUGAUAUUGUUGCCAAUUCCUGGUUGCGGAACAUUUGCAUGGUUAAGACGACGCAUGCCCUUGAGUGUGCGUACUUUGAGUUCGUCCCGUGUGAGAGGAUGCAUUGCGUCUUCAUUAUCUCCACUUUCUUCAUCCUCGGACGAGUAAUCGUCAAGGUUGGGUGGAUUGAUCUGUAGUGGUUCCUGACCCAUAGGUGCGAUCGGACCAACCCCAAGGAUCGAGUGCAGUGUGGCCACAGCUCCGUUUGUGCCGCCUGCUGCCCCCACUGCAGCAGCAGUGAAUUGUGAUUCACGAUCGUAGGCAUCACUAGUAGUUUUGUUCUUCUGCGCGUCUGCCUGCUGCUUGGUGACAACCGCAGCGUACUGGUGCAAAAUCUCAUUGGUCUUCUGUUCGAUGACGCCCAAGUAAGCCAUCAUGUUCGCUUCCGUGACCACAGAAUCGCCCAACAUCUCUACCAUGGCUUGUGCGUUGCACCCGAUUUUGGUGAACAAGCUUUGGAUAGCGCGCUUGACAGUGUUCACUGUUUUCUGAGCGUCCGCACAUCGUGCCUCGCACUUUUCAGCUGCUUGUUCCGUGAGUGCAAGUCGUGCCUCCAAGUCGCGUAGCAACUGUUUGUGCUGACCAACACCAUCGUCAUCUCCUGCGGCUCCAUUUGCACCGUCGCCAUUGCCAGUGUAACGACGUUCUUCAUCACGUAGCGCAGUGAUCCAUUCCUCGAGUUUUUCAAUCUCGUUGCUCUGCUCGUUGACAUAAUUGAAAAGUGAAAAAUUUUGGUCUUCCUUUUUGAUAAAAGAUGUCACGAGCUGUUCCAAGUCAUCGAUUCUUGUUGCAGCUUUGAUUUUCAUGAAAGCCUCUUCGAAGUUUUGCACACGCUCAAUGGAAACCUGAACGUGCACUUUCUCCUUUGCCACACCCCACGUUCCUUUUUGCACCUUACGCUUCAUCUCAUUCUCUUCUUCUGCCGACAUGUUACCAGCGUACUCGGUGGAUGCGCCAGGGGCACCUCCAGCCGAUGAUGCGCCGCGUCGAUAAUUCGCAGUGUUUUCACCUGCUAGUAUUUUACUCUCCUCAAGCCGUUCCAUCAGUUCUG